CUUGAUCUAAGAAAAAGGAAAGGACCCUUCCAGGACUAGAUCUGAAGAGUUAAAGCCAUAGAGCUCUGAGCCUCAGAGAGAGAGAGCCACUUGCUUUGCAGAGGGUGGGGGCUUGCCAAGGCAGCCAGGUCCCUUCCUGCUCCCAUUCCUAGCCAAGCCUAUGCAGCCUGCACCUAUUGUUGCAAAGAUGCCUUUAUGUAUUGCAGAUCUGAAGCUGGGGUCAGUUUCUCCCCCAUGAAUAUCUGUCAUCAUCUAUAUAUGUAUUAUUUUUAUCUGGACUCGCAUCUCUGUGUCUGAUGGAAUUUACUGGCACCUCUAGAUUGUAAAUUCACAUAUAUGAUAUUUGCCAAAAGAGUGUUGCGACAAGGAAAUAGUGAAAGGAAGAGGGGAAGGUGGAAAAUCAAACAUUGCACCUUGAGCCUGAAAUUUAAUUUUCUCGGCCCUGGAGAAGAUGACCACCAAGCAAAAGAUUCUGGGAAACUCCCUUCCCUUUGAGUUGCAAUCAAGAAGACUCAGGAUGGAGAAAGCCAUUCUAAGCCCCAAAACUGAAGAUGAAUCAGAUGGAAGGUGCAGAUCUUCUCCCAGCAUCCAAACUGGGAACGUGACCAAAAUGGCAUCUCCGCCGAUCAAAGAAGAAGAGGAUGGUUUAACCCAGCAGUGGGAAACCCCAUGGGAGGAUUUCCCAAAGCAGGGACAACCCUUCCAUUCAAGGUGGGGGGACUCUCCAAACUCCAAAACCUCUUCCUGGCACCACAACGAGACUUUGCCGAACAACUUCCAACAGACGGCUAAUGCUAGUCGCCAGUCUGGAACACAGCACAUGAUCCAACCGUUGCCCAUCUUUGGCAGGGAUGUUCGAGGUAUGGAUGGCAAAGAAGAGGUCAACUGCGAGAAAGCAGAGCAAACAGCGUUUCUGGAUUCAGAUACGAUCAGUGUGGAGACGUGCCGGCAGCAAUUCCGGCAGUUUUGCUACUUGGAAGCCGAGGGGCCCCGGAAGGUGUGCAGCCAGCUCUGGUUCCUCUGCUCUCAGUGGUUGAAACCAGAGAGAAGCACCAAGGAGCAGAUCCUGGAGCUGCUGAUCCUGGAGCAGUUCCUGGCCAUCUUGCCACUGGAGAUCCAGGGCUGGGUGAGGGAACAUGUGCCGGAGACCUGCACCCAAGCUGUGGCCCUGGCAGAGGAGUUCCUGAUGCGGCAGGAAGAGCCGCUGAGAGAGGACCCUGAGGACCCUGAGGAUCUUGGAGCAGGAGAGAGCGAUUUGGAGUCCUUGUUGCCCUUGCAACAUAUGGAAAAAGUGGUAUCUGGCCUAUUGGCAGAAGUGGGACUUUAUUCCUCUACUACAAUAGAACCCAUCCUUGGUGCCCACAAAGAGAGCAAGCAGAAGAAGGACCGAGAUGCCCAUUUGUUCAAUCACAAACAAUCAAGGGAAAGUGCAAAACCUUCGGAAGUGAAAAGCUCUAUGGAAGAGGAGCUUCCAGAAGACUGUGGGGCAGACUUUGAAGCUGAUACAGGUGUUGCUGAAAGGGGGAAGCCUCCCGCAAUUGGCUUGAAACCACACAAAUGCUCUGAGUGUGGGAAACGCUUCCACCAAAUUUCCCACCUGAACAGACACCUGAGGAUCCACACUGGAGAGAAGCCAUACAAGUGUUUGGACUGUGGAAAAAGUUUCACGCAGGGCUCCUGCCUGCUGGGGCACCAAAGGAUCCACACGGGUGAGAAAGCGUAUUCGUGCUCCUACUGUGACAAAAGCUUUAUCUGGAGCUCUGGUUUGCAUCAGCAUGAGAAAAUCCACCUGGGAGAGAAGCCCUAUAAGUGCUUGGAGUGCGGGAAGAGCUUCCACCGGAGCUCGGCGCUCACCGACCACGUGAGGUCCCACACUGGGGAGAAGCCGUACACCUGUUCGGACUGCGGGAAGGGCUUCAGCCAGCACUCAAACCUUAUUGUGCAUCGGAGGGUACACACCGGAGAGAAACCAUACACGUGUUCCAUCUGUGGCAAAAGCUUCACCCGGACUGCGCUGCUCAUGGCACACCUGAGAAUCCACACAGGGGAGAAGCCCUACAAGUGCUUGGUCUGCGAGAGGAGCUUCAGGGAGAGGCCGGCUCUCACGAAACAUAAGAAAAUCCACAUGAGAGAGAAUGUGUAGCAAAGGUGGGCAUCACGGUAGCAAGUGUGGACAUUGAUUCUCUUUUGUGUGCACACAGUUGGCUUCUACCACAUCAGAU